AUCCUGGCCCGCGUCUUCAGCCAUGCCGCCCUGGAGGUCUACCUGCCCCCAAUCCAGCGCCUGGUCAGCUGGGAACUGCGCGGUUGGCGUCACCGCCCGGGGCCCGUCGCUGUCUACGCCUCAGCCAAGGCUUUGACUUUCCGCAUUGCUGUGCGGAUCCUGCUGGGCCUCCGGCUGGAAGAGGAGCAGUUUGAGGAGCUUUCCGGGGCCUUCGAGCAAUUGGUGGAGAACCUCUUUAGCCUGCCGCUCAACGUCCCCUUCAGUGGAUUGAGGAAGGGCAUAAAGGCUCGGGAUUUGUUACAUACUUAUAUGGAAAAAGCCAUCUUGGAGAAACUGCAGAGAAAAGACCCUGACGCCCAUCGCGAUGCCCUAGAUUUUAUCAUCAACAGCGCCAAAGAACACGGCCAAGAUUUCACUAUGCAGGAAUUGAAGGUUACAUCCAGAUUAGACUACUAUCAUGCACUCUACUUGGAAAUUUUCCUGAGGUAA